AUGGUCACCUAUACUGGUAAACUAGUAUUGGCACCUAUGGUGCGGGCCGGGGAGCUACCCACUCGGCUUCUCGCGCUGAAAUACGGUGCGGAUUUAGUCUGGUCGCCCGAGAUCAUCGACAAAAAGCUCAUUCAAUGCAAACGUCAGGUCAACGAUAAACUCAAAACUAUCGAUUUCGUUGCACCCAGCUCCAAUGACAACAAGCCACCUUGUGUCGUUUUCCGGACUUUUCCAGAUGCUGAGCGUGGAAGAUUGAUUUUUCAAAUGGGCACCUCUACACCUUCGUUGGCUGUCGAGGCCGCCAUGGUGGUGAUAAAAGAUGUGGACGGCAUAGACGUGAACGCCGGAUGCCCCAAGCACUUCUCUAUCCACUCGGGAAUGGGUGCUGCACUGCUGAAAACGCCAGAAACCCUUUGUUCCAUCCUUUCGUCGCUUGUGGAAAAAGUCGGCAGACCACAUGAGAAGCCCAUUAGUGUGAAGAUUCGGAUCCUUGAUAGCGAAGAGCUCACGCUAAAUCUUGUUAAAAAGCUCUGUGGAACGGGCAUCUCGAAUUUAACAGUGCAUUGUCGGACGACGCCUAUGCGGAACAGACAGGCGCCAAUCAGAAAUUACGUACCGUCCAUUUACAAGAUCUGCCAGGCAAAUAACGUUAGCCUCAUCAUGAAUGGUGCUAUUCAAAGCUUGGAACACUUUCGCCAGCUCCGCAAACAGAUGGAUCUGCCCGAAACAAUUGGCGGCAUGAUGGCGGACUGUGCAGAAGCAAACCCUACUGUUUUUAGCGAGGCCCCCUUGUCAUGGCCUGAUACCGCCAGAGCUUACCUUGACCUUGCAUCCAAAUUUGACCAUAGCGUGAACAACGUCAAAUACAUGCUGAGCAGGAUUAUCCCUGGGAAAUCAAAGUUUUACCAAUAUUUCACGCGUUGCAAAACUAUGGAAGAGGUUAUGUAUGUCUCUCAGCAAAUGGGAAGCGAUGGCGAGGUUUUGAGUGACCCUACUGACUACUUAGCAAAGCGCCGUGAGCAUGAGAGGAUACUCAAACAAAAGGCGGGCGACAUGAAGGCAAAAGCUAAGCAGAAGCAAGAUCAAACAACAGCAAAUAAGGACUCGGCUGAAGCUGAACUAACUAACUCUGAAAAAAGGCGAGAGGGUGGUUUAGAGGUUGGCAUGGGCAAAAAAAGAGCAAAAAUCGAAUAG